AUGGUGGAGAUGGUUGCUACCUCAUCUAGCUACAUCAAGAUUCUGUUUCUACUAGCUUGCACUGUUGCUGUCUUAUGUGCACCAUCAGCUGACAGUUCUUUGCGAAAAAAACGUUCAUUCGAUUCAUUCACAGGUGCUGGUUUCACUGGAUUGGACAAACGAUCAUUCGAUUCCUUUACUGGAGCAGGAUUCACUGGAUUGGACAAGAGGGCGUUUGACUCGUUGGCGGGAUCGGGGCUGACUCCUUUCAACAAACGGGCUUUUGACAGUUUCGGUUCAGGAGGUUUCGGUGGAUUUGACAAGCGAGCAUUCGAUUCCCUCGCUGGCAGUGGCUUCUCCGGCUUUGACAAGAGAGCUUUUGAUUCUUUGGCUGGCAGUGAAGAUGUGUUGCUCUAUUACAUAGCUUGUAGAAGCGGUCAUAUCUCUUCUUCUCAGACAUAA